AUGAACUUCGAUUUUCAAUAUAUCAAGCCUGUCUUUGACACGUUCAACUCAACAGAGAUCCCUUUGAUCACUAGAGGUGAAUCUCAUGUAACCGUUAUCUCUCCUCCCGAAUUCGCUGUACUUGCUACCGCCGGUGUGACUUUUGAUCAGAUCAAUACCUUUGCUCGUCAAAGUAAGAUCCAGGACAGUAAAGUCACUCCCAUCUGUCUCGGUAAAGAAGACGUACUCUUUGGGGGUGUUCAAAAGGUUGUCUAUCAAAUUCUUGUUAAGGCUCCAGAACUUAUCAAGAUCCGUGAAAAAAUCUUUCAAUUGUACGCCAAAAAAGUCCUUCUGGCCUCAUAUUACUGUAGGUUUCAGCUCAAGUGA